AAACAAAAUAUGGCGGGUUCUGCGGCGGAAAGUGGUGGUCGAAUAGCUGAUUUAUAUGCCUUUCCGAACGUAUUUAUUUGAUUAUUUCAUAUCGAUCUGUCGCCAUUUGUGAUAUUAGACGUAUAUCUUACAAUAAUUAGAUGAAAUGCAAGAGAAAACGUAUCUUAAAGUUGUUCUUCUCGGAAAAGUUAACAGCGGAAAGACAUGCCUUGUCACUCGAUACAUUACACGGUCAUUUAGCGAGGAAACGCCAAGCGUGAGUAUAAUGUUUAAUAUAAUUUUCUUGAUUUAUAUCACGAUGCUCCUCUGAAAUUAACCCUACUCUCUGCCAUCGAGACAGACUGCAUUCGAGUCUAAAGCUGUCAAACUUCAAAAACAUAUCAGAAACAGUCUCCUCGUCAUGUAUUUCAGCUGUGUAUAUUUCCGACAGCAAGUAAACUGACUGAGUAGAGAGGAGAUUUAUGUGUCCUAACUUUAAUAAUUGAACGGCUGUAACUCAACUGCGUUGUAUCUUUUAUAAUCCAUGUUCGAUUUGCCUUAAUUUUCGUCUAUUUUGAUGCCACUCACGUACAUAUACACUGAACAAUUGUAAUUGCAGCUAGUAAGUAACUUACGCCCCUGACAAGGAAAUUUUCUGUACAUUACGUCACUACCGCAUUCGAACAGUCCAAGUUCCUUGAACGUCUUCUUUUUAGACCAAAAUCUCCUCUCGUCAACCCUGAUCUUCAGUGUAACGACUAAAAGUCUCAAGAAAUAAUUUCUACUGUUUACCGGUAGUAAGGAAAUGUCAAUUUGAAUCUGCCAAUUUCUUACAAUUAAUGUAUGUGAAAUUCUAAACACGUACAGUUGCAUCUCAGGAGAGUAUUGCCAAUUAGAUCUUGGAAAGUAAAGAGAAAAUUUACGCUUACAUUUAUUGCAAAGUCAGUUGGGCUAAAGAAAGAAUGCUGCCUUAUUAUUUUAUAAAUCUAACUUAAUUGUAGCUUUAUUUUGAAUCUUCGUUUUGGAAUAAUUAUAGUGAUACAAUUAUCGUUAGCCCCUGUCUGAGAAUUAAAUUAAACAAUGAGUCCAAAUGUCAGAUUUGAUUAGUGAAGAAGUUAAUAAAAAUGAAAAGUAGUGAAUUGAUAAUGUUAACAUCUAAGAAAUGAACUGUAUAGUGGCAUCCUAGAAAUGAAGGUAAUUGAAAUUUAAUCCACUCUCAUAUUUAUUUUUUUAGUUCUUGUGGCUUUGUGUGCUGGUAUUGGGGGCUGUGUGCCAUCAAAUUUUAGACUUUGUUUUGUAUGUAGAAUGAUUCAUGGUACAUUUUUACAUACUUAAUGUAAGUGAGUUACAUAAAAGAAAACUACUGCUGAAGGAAGUACAGUGUGCAUGAUUGCUGGAUGAAGUAUGCUCUAGUAAUUAUGAUAUGGUAAUGAUUUUGUCUCUCCUCACCUAAUUUUCUUCACAGGUAUUGUUUGCUUCUUUAAGAGUUUAGUUAUCAGGAGAAAGUUUAUCAAAAUUUAUGGAUUUCUAUUUUUUUUUCCUUCAGACAAUUGGAGCAGCAUUUUGUAGAAAAGAUCUCUACAUUCAAGGCAGGAAUCUGUCACUAGCAAUAUGGGUAAGGCUUUGGACUUGAAAUGAAAUCUUUAAGGUACACUCUGAGCCAAUUUUUGGUUAUAAACUUCACCCACAGUUACAUGUAACAUUGGAGUAUAAUUAUAUAGAGUAAUAUAUGGGCACGAUUAGAUAUGGAAUUUCUCUUCGAUUGUUCAACUCGAUAGCUCACAAGUGAGUACAGCAUACAAAUGAGAUGCAGAGUUGAGCACAGGAAGAGAAAUUUCAUAUCUACAAGCAACCAUGUAUUAUUUUGUUUAUCAUAUAAACACAAUAGUCCUUUAGCAACAGGAAAAGCUGACGUCAUAAAAUAAUGAAAGUCAAAGAAUUAUACAGUGUGUUGGUGCUGAGGCUCAAAAUAGAAAAAUCCAUUAAAUCAUGAUUACAAAAAUAAAAAUAGGUAUAAUUUUAAAUUUACAAAAUUCUGAUUUAUUGAGGUUGUCCUUAGCAACAGAAGAAGUCUUUCAGAUGAAUGGUCAAAAUCAGCUUAUGGCAAAUCUUCCAGUAGUCGAUUUUCGUUCUCAGCAGCAAGAAACACCAUUACUAAAGCCACUGAAAAUAUAACUUUCGUUUUUUCCUUUGGUAUAUUGGUUUUCUUCCCCUUCUAAGAAAGUUUGAAUGUCACUGUCUGUAAGCAAUACAGAUUUUCUUAAUGUUUUAACUGCCAUAGUUCAGGAAAGUUUCACCAAACUACUUUGUAUUGAGAAUUGUGAAGGCUUUGCCAUUCAUUCAUCAACCUAAGGGAGUGGCACAAAAGGCAAGGACAUGUCAGCAGCUGAUUGGCAAUAUCAAACACAUUACAAAAAAUAUUGUAUUUUUUCACACGUGUUGUUACGGCUUUUCUCAGGGCUGGAAAUCCUUAUAUAACACCAUAGUUUAUGCAAUAGAAAGUUUUGUUACAAUAUACUAUUUCAUAACUUGCUUUCCACCUGCGGCAACUUAAGAUAUCUUUAAUUCAUUACCAUUCUUAACUUAUAAGUGAAUUAAAAUGUUUUUUCUUCCUGGUUCUUUUAUUUGCUGAAGUGAGUGUGAUUUCAUGGAUUGUUUAUCUUUUUAGGACACAGCUGGAGCUGAAAGGUAUCAAGCAAUGAGUGCUAUGUAUUAUCGUAGUGCUAAAGCAGCCAUCUUAUGCUAUGGUUAGUAUGUGUUUUUAAUGAAAUUUAUUGAAUAAUAAUAAGUAUACAUUAUGUUGCAUUUGGAAGCCUUAUUCUUUAUAUGUAACUUUAGAAAGUCUGGGAUAUUUUUUUUACAUGUUUUAACACUAAUUGGCAGGUCAUGGGUUAAACUCCCAGUGAGAGCAAUCACAGUUCUUUUUCUCUGAGAAUACCCAUGUUAUUCACUGAAUAACAUCAUCUUUCACUUGUUUCAACAAUGUUUGGUAAGAUUCACUUUGUUGAGAUGGAUUGUACCCUCAAAGAAUUUAAGUUUAAUAUAAUUUUGUUUUUGGCGAGGGGGGAGGUGGGGGUCCUUUUUAUGAUUAAUGAGGAGUGUUACCUGUAUUUAAGAGUAAAGGAACCUUGUUCAAGAUGGGAUCAGAUGUGGUAACCUCCAGAUAGCAGACUCAAAGCAUUAAUGAAAUGCUUCUAAAACAUACUUACAAUUCACUGUAAAAUCAGAGUUCAAUUUAUUUUAAUGACCUUUGUUCCCCCAUGCAGACCUGACAGACAGAACAAGCUUUGAUAAAGCCAAGUUUUGGGCAGAUCAGCUCAAAGCUGCAGAACCUGUAAGUUAUUUGAUAUCAUAACUAACUUUUUUUUGUAAUUUUUCCCCUUUCAUACCCUGAGGAGGCUCACUGCCUUUUCUUCUUUGGUUAAGGAAAACAAGUCAUCCUAUCUUGCAGUUUGUGUGCUUGAUGCUUCAUGAGACACUUACUGUAAUGUUGAAUUUUAGGAUUGCAGAAUCUAUCUUUGUGGAACUAAACUUGAUCUAAUAGAGGAAGCUGUGCAACCAAGAGAGAUCCAGACAAAAACAGUGUUAAAUUAUUGUAGAGGUCAGUAGAAAACUUUACCUCAUUACUGCUUCUACUAUCAGUUAAAAUGUAUUGCUUUUUGUAGAAAAAAAUAUGAUAAUCAAAUCAUGUAAAAUAUAAAGAUUAAGUGCAGGAAGGCUGUAGGUCUGAAUUCUGUUCAAACAUGAAUUUUUUUCUGCUUUGGUUUUGGCAUCUUUUUUUUUAACCAACUUAUGGUAGUUCUGUUUUUAACAGCUAUGAUCUUUCUUGUCGUAAUAGAAAAGAGUGAUUAAUACUAAUAACCGUACUCGUAUGAACUACAGAAGGUUGAGGAACUUGCAAGAAAAUCUAAGAUUGCAGUUGUAGACUAUGCAAUUAACUUUUUUUUGUUCUUGUUGUUUGUGUGAAGAGAUUGGUGGUGACAUGUUUGAAACAUCAAGCAAAAGAGGAUACAAUGUUGGUAAGUGUGAAUGAUUGAAAAUACCUGAUGAUUUGAGGAUUUAAAACAUGACUGGGAAAUCAAAGUUUGAUAAACAUGUAAAUUUGAACUUUAUAGAUUUAAACUGAGAUGGAAGCAGAAGACCCUUAUUUUCAGCCUUUCUUUUUUGCCUCACCGUGACAAAUGUAUCGAGAACAGUAUGGAGAUUAUGUAUACUAACAAUAGAGUGUAAAGGGGAAAUAGUCUUGCAAGGAUGGUCAUUGGUUGAUUAAGAGACAGUUACCUUUUACUUCCACUAACUUGAUAUUUUUUUUUCUUGUUUAUAGAUAAGGUUUUUGAGAGGAUAGCGGAAGAUUUUAUGAAAACUAACAAAGCUGUUUCCUCUGGUAUGUAUAAGUUACUAUAUGUGUAAUUGUUUUUAACCCCACCACUUCAAAGAUCUAAAAAUUGAUUCCUUACACUGUUUGUCAUUUAUCACUUAUAAUUUUUAGAUCUAAGAAUUUGAUGGACAAUCAAAAACAAUAUCCCCCUAGUUGAUAAUUUUUUCACUUCUCAUCACCUCUCUACCUGAAAACUAUGGAUGUUGUGGGGGAGAAAUCCAUGCUUGAUCACUCUUUCACUCUUUCAACUUUCUUCUGGUAACCACUUGCCCAGAGAACAUUUGCAUGACAUGAAAUUGUUUUACCACUAAUUGCAGGAGCAUUUUUAAUUUUGCCUUUUUUUUUUGGAUUCUAUGCAUCUUGCUCUAUUGUUAUAGUCUGCAUUCUGAGCCCCAACAUCAAAUGAGAUUUUUUGCCCUUGUUUCAGGACCAAGGGGUGAUGUGCAAGUAGACAAUAGGGCAACUCCAAAAAAGUCAUGUUGUUAACAGAGGUGUAACAGAAACCUGCCAACAGGGCUGGGUGGCCAGUACACACAUAUUGCAUGCCAUCAUUGUCACAGGAAAGCCGCAAGUCAGUCAAGGAGAUAUGACUCCCAUUGUAACAUGCUAGAUUGAUAAAAAAGAUUGAUGAAAUAAGUAUUAUAUAGAGUCUAUUACACAAUGUAGAAAUUGAGGUUAAGGUGAUUUUGUAAUUAGAGACAAAUGUAGUUCUUGAUUUUACCAAAUAGUUUAGAUAUCUUCAUACACACUAGAUAUGGCAAGGAACAUUUGAAGAGGUGCUCUAUGUGAUCAAAUUCCAGGUUCUCUUUCCAGUUUGUCUAGUAUUUCUGUGUGAAAACAGAGGGAGGAGUUAGUGUUGCAUCAAAUGUGACUAAUACACUAUUCACAUCAGCAAAACAUGUUUUGUUAAACUGGUUUUUACUGAAUGAUAAUCAUAAACAUAGAACUAAAAACUGAAUUUUCCAUAGGAUUCUAGUACUUGUAUUUCCAAUGUGCUACAUUUUAAGUCAACAAAUAUUAAGUUAAGCAGUUUCUAUGGAAAAAAAAAAUUAAACUGUGUUUAACAAACAGCUUUAAUUUGAAACAUGUUUAAGCUUUGUUGUGAAUGAGAUAUAACUGCUUUAUUCCAUACAUUCAUUCAUUUAUCAAGCAUUCUAUUGAAAUUUCAUUUGCAGGUUUUAAUUAAUUUAAUAAUAGCUCUAUCUUUUAUUGGAUGGAGCCCAAACAUUUAACCAUAUAAAUAAAGGCUAAUAAGAAAUACCUUAAAUUUUAUACUUUUUCUUUUCAUUGUUUAGGUGAAAUUCUUAUUUGUGACCAAUUACUGAUUCAAUUAAGUUUAUUAUUUAAAGUUUUUCUCCAAAUUAAAAUCAGAAACUUACAUCUAUUGCUGUGUACAAAUUUUCAAUAAAAAAUAUUUACAUAAAAAUUAAUGAUGCAGCAAAAAAUGAAUCGGAAAUUUUCAUGACUGGUAUGACAGUGCUUAAUUAGAUUUUCUCAGGUAAAAACAGCAUAUGAAGUCCAGUUUAAAAGUUAUGUGUUUUUUUUCAUCUCUUUACUGCCUUAAAUUUUUGGAAAAUUUAUGACAUACUUGUACCAUGAUGAGUGAUAAGACUAUUAUGUGUCUUUCUUGUUAGCAACUGCAGUCUCUUAGUCUAAUCAGAUUAAUAUAUUUUGGUCAUGACAGAUAUAGUUAUGCUUUUGCAUUCAAAUAUAUGUAUUGCAAAUGCUUCUCUUGUAUUCAAUUUAGUUAAUUUGUACUCUUAUAUGUAAAUUUUUGUGAGGUGCUUGUUGAGAGAGAUGUUCAAACAUUGGAUCUGUUUUUUUACUUAUUUUAGUUCAAAUGAAACCAUGUAAAAUUUGUGAACAAGCACACUUGAGAGUGUAUAUAUAUAUGUACAUUCAAAAUUGAGGAUGUCUUUAUAGGGAAGGACUUGACAAUAAAAUGGAGAUGGUGAUCAGUAACUGCAGUACUUGCAAGGUCCAACUCUUAAACUAAAAUUAGUGACCAAGAUGGAAUUUUUUUUUUUAAUAAAUAAAUACUUAUUCGGCA